UUCCCCAAAACCCUGAGAGCCAUGGAGGACGAGCACCACCGCCAUGACGCAGACGCCGAGCCGUUCAAAGAUGGCGCAGACAUCUGCCAACAGCUCAUGGACCGCUACUCCAAGUCCUCCGCGCCGCAGCACCACCACCUCCUCGCCACCGCCGCCGCAAUCCGCUCCAUCCUCGCCGCCGAGUCCCUCCCCCUCACUCCCCCAUCCUACUUUGCCGCCACCAUCUCCUCCAUCGACGACAUGUCGUCCCGCGCCACCGCCGACCCUACCGCCGUGGCCGCGCUCCUGUCGUUUCUCUCCCUCGUGCUCCCGGCCGCGCCGCCGCGGAGCAUCUCGUUGGGGAAGGCCGGUCAGGCGCUGUCGAUGCUGGCGGAGUUUCUGGAGAGAGGGGAGGAGAGGCUGACGAUGACGGGGGUCAAGGCUGUGGUCAAGUGCUUGGGGGCUUUGGUUGGCUUUUGUGAUUUGGAGGAUUGGCAAUCUGUCAAAUUGGGACUGGAGACUUUGCUCAAGUUCUCCGUUGAUAAAAGACCUAAGGUUCGCAAAUGUUCGCAAGAAUGCCUUGAGAAUGUAUUUAAGUUGCUCCAGUCCCGCAGUGUUGUAAAGGAGGCGAGCAAGUUGAUACUAUCUAUGCUGAAAGGUUAUAUGCCUUUGGCGGUUAAGUUGAGUGCUUCACGGACUUCAGAUGGACAUAAGAAUCUAGAUGUCUUACACAUGCUUAAUGUGGUGAAGCUUACUGUUCCUUUUCUCUCAGCAAAAGUUAGCUCAAAACUUCUUUCAGAAAUGAAUAAACUUCUGGGUCCGCGGUUCUCAGAACUCACAAGGCAUGUUUUCCAAAUUAUUCAAGUGCUAUUUGAGAUUUCAAGAGCUGAUGACAUUGUCUCUAAGACAGAGGGGACUAUACCUUUUCUCAUUUCGUAUGUGUCUUUAGCAAAUAAGAACCCCUCAGACACUGUCAUGUCUGCGGCAACCUUGUUAAAGUAUUCUAUUGGCAUACUUCAUACUGCUGAAUCAACAUCAUGGAUCACAAAUCUUCCGCUAGUGUGUGGCUCUGUGGCAGGUCUUUUGGCUUCUGAGGCUAGGACUGCAUCCCAUUCUUCAGAUAUUCUGAAAGAGUUGAUUAGCCAUCAUGUGGAUAUAAGUGAUGAAGGAGAAGAUCUUGUAAAAUCAAAUGCAUUGAGAUCAAUAUGUGCUAUCUUUGAGGAGGGUCUUAACUUGUGUAAAAAACUGCCAAACGAUCAUCUUUUGGAUGCUAUAUCUGCUUUGUUCCUCAAGCUAGGAAAUAUGUCCCAUAUCUACAUGAAAAGUAUUAUGCUCAAACUUGCUGAGUUAAUGACCGCUGCUAUUGGGGAAAAAUCUAAUGUUGACCAUCUUCAGAAAUGUAUUGGAACUGCAGUAAUUGCUAUGGGACCUGGGAGACUACUAGAACUUGUACCUGUAUCACUUAACGCUGGUGAAUUCACCUGCGUAAACAUUUGGCUGGUACCUAUUUUGAAAAAUUAUGUUGUUGGAGCGCCGUUGGCAUACUAUAUGGACAAUAUAAUGCCUCUUGCAAACUCCUUUCAUCUGGCCUGCAAUAAAGUUAAGAAGUCUAAAACCCGUGAAGAGUUACAGGGUCAUGCACGUGAUUUGUCGGGUCUGCUACUAUCUUUUUGUCGCCAUCCAACAGAUAUGUAUCACAAAUUUAUCCCACUGGCUGAGGUUAUGGUAAAGUUUCUAAAGGAGGAUUCUUUAAUGCAUGAAACUGUUGCAUGUUCCUUGCAGGCUCUUGUAAAUCAGAACAAAAGUGCGGUUAACCAAAAAACUGGUGCUGCUGAGGCAACAAGUGAACUUGUACCAGGGUUGCGAAAUAUACCCAUUUACUCAAAGAAAAUUGCGACAAAAAACAUAAAGGCUGUGGCACAGUGUUCUUUGCAGUUGCUUGAGGCCCUCAUAGACACAUUUGUUGGUUCAGCACCUGAGAAGCGUCCAUAUUUAAAGGAUGCUAUAAGAUGCUUGGCCUCAGUAGCUGAUUCUUCUAUUGCUAAGAAGAUUUUCAUAUCAGUACUUGAGAAGUUUCACCUCAUGGAUGGUAGGAAUGAAUGUGUAAAGGUGGAGAGUGAAACUAAUUCAUCGGGUGAUGAAGAAGAGCACAAUAGAAGUACGGGAGAGAAUAAUGCACAGCGAUGUGUAAUAAUGGAGCUAGCUUCUUCCCUAGUUGAAGGAGCCCAGGAAGAUCUUAUUGAUCUAAUCUAUACCUUUAUCAAGCAUACUUUUCAGACCAGUGAGGAGGUUGCAAAUCGUGAAGCGUACUAUACGUUGAGCCGAAUUCUGGAGGAACAUGCUUGGUUCUGCUCUUCCCAGUCUACUGAAUUGAUUGAUCUGUUACUUCGUUUGAAAUCUCCGGGUGAUAUUGUAUCUCUAAGGAGUCGAUUUUCUUGUUUCCAGACUUUGAUGAUUCAUACUUUGAAGAUUGAAGCAGAGGUGGAAAAUGCAAAGGCUUUUCUUAUUCUCAAUGAAAUCAUAGUCACCUUAAAGGAUUCCCACGAAGAGAAAGCUAGGAAAACAGCGUAUGAUACACUCCUCAACAUAAGAUCUGGCUUGAGAGACUUAUCAAGUCUCAGUUCAGACGGACCUUACCAAAAACUAAUUAACAUGAUAAUGGGCUAUCUUUCCGGUGCAUCACCUCAUAUAAAGAGUGGAGCAGUGUCUGUGCUAUCGGUGCUGGUGUAUAAAGAUACUGAUAUAUGCCUUUCUGUACCUGAGCUAAUUCCUUCUCUUUUAUCUUUGCUGCAAGGCAAAGCUCUCGAAGUCAUCAAAGCUGUAUUGGGCUUUGUGAAAGUACUUGUAUCUUGUUUAGAAACUAGGCGUCUGCAAGAUCUUCUACCAGCUAUUGUCACUGCAGUUCUCCCAUGGUCCCCUGUCUCGAGACAUCAUUUCAGAGAAAAGGUCACAAUCAUAAUGGAGAUUAUGUUACGGAAGUGUGGUCCUGCUGGAGUCGAGUUAGUUACACCAGAUAAAUACAAGGGUUUUGUCAGGGGUGUUCUGGAGAACCGCCGCGAUAACAAGAAAAGUUCCAAGGAAGUUGCCACCACUGAAACAGAUGUGAAGCAGGCAGAUUCUUCAACCAACAGGAUGGAGGAUAGAAAACGCAAGGAAAUGGAUCCUGAACAUGAGAACAAAGGAUCAAUGGAACACAGAAAAAGAAGAAGAGAGAAGGAACUCAUAAAUGGAAAGCCUAGUACCAGUAGUACCUAUGGUAUAUCUUCUUGGGGUAGAGAUGAAACGAAACGUGCUAGGAGACCUAGGCAAUCUGAUACAAACAAAUCAUUUCAAGACCAGUCAGAAAUAAAUGGAAAGACGAUCAGAGAGAAUUACAGUAAGCGACCCACAGGUGGUCGCAAAGGAAAGAUAGGGAAGACGGGCACAGGAAAGGAUGUGACUGCGAUUAGGAGACCUGGCACUACAACCAAAUUGUUCAAAGCCAAGAAAGUUGGGAAAAAUUAGUUUUGUAGUGUUCCAUCUGUGUUGGAUGUCUUUCUUUUAAAGAUCAUACCUGCACUGGUACAAGGAAUGCUCAAAGGCUUUUAUACUAACUGUAUUUGUGGUUCGUUACAAUAACAAUUCUGAUUGGUAUUUGGUAAUUAGAAAUUCACACUUUUAGUACUAAUGACAAGACUGAUGCAAUUAUUGCCAUCCUACACGCAUUUUACUUGG